UCAGGAUUUUCAAUUGUGCCCAAAGUCCUACCGCCUAAAACCCUAAGCCAAUCUGAACCCAACACUUCCGAUUGAAACCCUAACAAGCGAUUUCCCAGAUCAACAAUGAAGAAACCAAAAUCCAAGCAGUUACGGAUACAGAGCCGCACAUCGGAGGUUCAAGAAAUCGAAUUAUUGGAAAAAUGGAUAGAGUUUGGGAAACCCGAAUCUGGUUCCAACCCAUUAUCCCUCCCGCCGCUGCCUGCUAAAUCUCCGGUCGGCCGUAUCGAUGAGAGUACCUACUCUCAGUUCGCCGGGUGCACGAAAUUCCAGCAACUCCCAUUGUCAAAGAAUACAAAAGAUGGAGUGCGUCAAGCUGGGUAUAGAAACAUGACUAAUAUUCAGAGGGCUUCGCUGCCUCAUGCGCUCUGUGGCCGUGAUAUACUCGGCGCGGCCAAAACUGGGUCCGGCAAAACCCUAGCGUUUAUAAUUCCUGUUCUGGAGAAGUUAUACAAAGCAAGAUGGGGGUUGGAGGAUGGACUAGGUAGCAUUAUCCUGUCUCCAACUAGGGAAUUGGCAGAUCAGCUUUUUAGUGUAUUAAAAUCAGUUGGCAAGCACCAUGGAUUUAGUGCCGGUCUCUUAAUUGGUGGUAAUGAAUAUGAUGAAGAGAAGGAUCAUGUGAAUCGGAUGAACAUAUUGAUCUGUACUCCUGGCCGGCUUUUGAAGCACAUGGACGCAACUCCGAAUUUUGAUUGUUCACAGCUACAGGUUUUGGUACUUGAUGAAGCAGAUCGCAUUCUUGAUGCUGGUUUUAAGAAGGAAGUAAAUGCUAUAAUUUCGCAACUUCCAAAAUAUAGACAGACUCUACUUUUCUCUGCAACACAAACAAAAUCAGUUAAGGAUCUUGCACGACUCAGUUUGAAGGACCCUGAAUAUAUUGCUGUCGAUGAGGAGGCUAUAGCUGCUACUCCGAGUCGUCUGCAGCAGAAAGUCAUGCUUGUUCCCCUUGAUCAAAAGCUAGAUAUGCUAUGGAGCUUCAUUAAGGCCCAUCUAAAUUCAAGGAUUCUUGUGUUUCUUUCCAGCUGCAAGCAGGUAAGGUUUGUAUACGAAGCAUUCAAGAAGCUACGUCCGGGUAUCCCUUUGAAGUGCUUGCAUGGAAGGAUGAAACAAAUAAAACGGACUUUCAUAUUGCAACAGUUUGUUGAGCAACGGUCAGUUCUCUUUUCAACCGAUGUGUCCUCAAGAGGCCUUGAUUUCAACAAAGGGGUUGAUUGGGUUGUUCAGGUGGAUUGCCCUGAUGAUGUUGCAGGUUACAUACACAGAGUGGGUCGCACUGCCCGCUAUGAUUCUGCGGGGAGGUCCGUCUUAUUUCUCUUGCCUUCAGAGAUGAAGAUGCUCGAGAGAUUGCAAGAGAAAAAGAUACCUGUUCAAUUUGACAAGGCAAACACAAAACGGUUGCAAUCUGUUUCUGGUUUGUUGGCUGCUCUGCUAGCAAAGUACACAGAUUUGCAGCCUUUGGCUCAAAGGGCUUUUAAAACAUACGUGAAAUCAAUAUACAAACAGAAAGAUAAAGAAGUUUUUGAUGUGACGAAGCUUCCGAUUGAUGACUUCUCGGCAUCAUUGGGUCUGCCGAUGACCCCACAGCUCCGUUACCUUGAUCGUAAAAAUGUAGACAAAAAGAUGCCCGGAGAGUCCAAUUUGGUACCGGAAGUUCCUGUAAAGAAAGAUUCGGUGAAGCUUUUGAGACAAAAGCCAACAAACAACUUAUUUGAGGAAUCUGAAGAGGAAGAGGAAGAGGAACUUGAUCUUCUUAAAAGCAAGGAAACUGCAGAUGGUGAGGAAGGGAAAGCAAUUGCAGCUGACCAUUUGUUGCCUACAACUAGAGUUCUUAAGAAGAAGAAGCUGAAGAUUAAUGUCCAUAGACCAGUGGGGACACGAGUUGUAUUUGAUGAGGAAGGGAACACACUGCCACCACUUGCAACAUUAGCUGACAUGAGUGCCACAGACUCUGCUCUGCUCGAUAAAGAUAAAGUAAUGAAGAGGUAUGCCGAAAUGAGAGAAGAUAUGAAAACACGCGACCAGGAGGACAAGCUCCUGGAUCGUCAACGGCGCAAAGAAAAGAGAAUAAAGGAGAAGAAGAAACAGAAGAGGGCAAGAGAUGAAGAAUUAGAGGAUGAGGAUGAGGAUGAAGACACGAGGAAUGUGAAAAAAUCGAAGGUGUACUUCAAUAGCGAUAGUGAGGAGGAGGAGGGAAGAUCGAAGGUUGCAUUGAAGACGGAUGCAAUCUCUUUGGCCGAGCAAGAGGAGCUUGCCCUCAAGCUGUUGAGUUGUAUGCACUCGUGAGUUUCGCAAUUCCAAUUUUGUAGACUGGACAAUGUACAAGUGAAAAGGUAGGUUUUAAGUUGAUGAUAUGAUUAUAUUGUGUUUGGCUGUUGAAUGUUUUCUGGAUGUCUUUCAUGCUCUUGAUGACUAUAUGGAGCAAAUCUUAUAAUUUUCUGAUUUAAUAUGGUUUUUAAGGC